GUUUAAGUUGAACAAGUCUAAUUUUUAUAAAUAACGGUGAACAAACAGUUUAAACGUUGAAUGCAACAGAUAAUGUUUCAGGAAGUUAAAGAUGUCUUCCAUAUACGUGUGGAUAAUAUUCCUAGUUGAGGUUAAAUUUACCAGGUCUUCUGAACUUGUUAGGUUAAUACAAGCAAAUAACACAGGAGUAGUACAACUGAACCAUAAUGGAUCAUGGGUGAUUUUAUGUCUUGGACAAUCAGAAAACAAAGAAUCAAAGGUUAUAUGUCAAGAAUUAGGACAUGCUGAUGGUUUGGUUCUUCCAGUUGGUUCCUAUGGAGUAGUGAGUGGUGAUUAUUUCAAUGGUUAUAUCAAAUGUGACCAAGGAGAAGACAUUGGCAGUUGUUCAUUGGUAACGAUCGACAGUUGUAAGGGGGACUAUUUAGCUGUAUCUUGUUAUGACUCUGGAUCUGUUGUGAAUGGAACACACCUGAGUUUAAACAACAGCUUAUCAUAUGGUCAAUUAAAUUGGUUUGAAGAUAAAUUCCAAGCUACAGGACAAAUUUGUGCUUCAUCAUGGGGAAAAGAGGAGGCUGAGGUUGCCUGUCAUCAACUUGGUUAUGGAGGUGGACUACCAGCAGCAUACCCAAAGUCAAAUGAGCUACCUUUCCUUAUAAACUCAAUAAACUGUACAGGACAAGAACAAAACUUGGAUCACUGCAUCAGAACAGAAGAUUUUUGUGAAUCAGUAUUUAGUGCUGGAGUCAUUUGUUUUAAUACUUCAGGUUUAAAUGUCAGUAUAAGUGAUGGAGGAGUAGAUUUUGGCAGAGUAAACAUUGAAGUCGAUGGUAAAAUAGGCACUAUAUGUAAUAAAGAAUGGUCAACGAGAGAUGCUGAGGUUAUCUGUAGAUAUAUUGGUUUUGUUGCAGGCAGGAAAUGGAGUGGACCUUUUCCACCAGGCCAUGGACCUGUUUAUUUGUCAGACCUAAAGUGUACAGGGAGGGAAUCAUUGAUCACAGAUUGUCUGAGUUCAGGCUGGAGAAAUGUUAUUGAUGAAGAUUGUCUGGACCACAGUCAUGAUGCAGGAGUCUUGUGUUAUGGCAGUGUGCGCCUAUCUGGGGGAGAAACAAAUGACAAUGUGAAAAUGGGAAGAGUAGAGGUUUACCAAGGAAGACAAUGGACCAAUUUAUGUACGUCCAAAUUUGACCAAGAAGAUGCAACUGUUGUCUGCAGGCAACUUGGAUAUGCCAGAGCUAGAGUCCUUUCAUCUGGAAUAUUUGGACGAUCACCAUACUCAGGCUUUACAAUAGAUAUAAGUUGUUAUGGGAAUGAGACUGAUAUUUUAGAUUGUCCCCAUACAAUUGGAAACUGCAAAUAUUCAGAAUAUGCCAGUGUUGUAUGCAUCAAACAAAAUGUUACUGAUGAUUUCCAGAUUUACAUAGAUGAUGUUUACAAUGGAGAAGUGAGGGUUUUACAGUAUGGAAUUCGAGGAACAGUGUGUCAGGAUGGCUGGGAUGAUAAUGAUGCCAAAGUUAUCUGUCAUCAAAAUCGUUAUUUAGAUGGGCAAACAUUUGGAACAAUAAAGCUCCUUUCACAGAUUGAUCCUAUCUGGCUGACAUACAUUGAAUGUUUGGGAAAUGAAGCAUCAAUAUAUGAAUGUAGUUUUUCCAUGAAUCUUACAACACAAUGUUCUUCCAAUGUACAACCAGCUGGAGUUAUUUGCUACAACGGAACUGGUAUGGAUAUCAGACUUGUCGGAGGGAAUUCACCAUCUCAAGGUCGAGUGGAAGUAGCAAGAGAUGGAGUAUGGGGUACAAUCUGUGACAAUAAAUGGUCGCCGUAUGAUGCUAAUGUAGUUUGUCAGCAACUUGGUUUUGGUAAAGGUUCAAUACAGAUUUCAUCUUACCAUGGUCAUGGUACUGGAUCUGUGUUGAUGGAUAGUUUACAGUGUGAUGGCACUGCAUCUAAUAUAUUUGAUUGCCCAAACUUAGGUUGGGGAGUUUCUGCUUCAUCAUGUAAAGAUCACAGUAAAGAUGCUGGUGUCUCCUGCCUACCAUGGUUACAGUUAUCUCAGUUUUCUCCAUCCUAUGGUUAUCUUCAAGUGUGGAAAAGUGGAGCAAACCAGUAUGGUCUGGUAUGUGCUGAGGGUUUUGAUGAUGAAGCUGCUACUGUUGUCUGCAGGGAACUCACACAAUAUAAAUAUGGCAUCAGCCAUUGCUGUUCAGCCUAUGGAAAUUUAAGUAUACCAUUUGCGAUAAAUGAUGUGACAUGUACUGGCCAGGAAAGCUCUCUACAGAAUUGUACUUACAACACUGAUUUAUGUCAUAGUGGGACAUAUGCUUCUGUUAUCUGUACUAGUUAUAUCCCUACCCCUGGAUCAGCAAUAAGUUUCCAGAUAACUGGACCAGGAAAAGGAUUUAUAUCUUUAGAUUUUGCUGGCUACAGUGGUCUUAUCUGCUCUGAAGGAUUUGACAAUGAUGAUGCCACUGUUGUCUGUAGACAGAAAAUGUUUGCCUCUGGUAUUGCUUAUAAGCAUUACACAGGCACUUCACAGUUUACCUAUGCUCCAAGGUUGCUUAGCAACAUAAAUUGUAAUGGGACUGAGGCUUAUUUACACCAAUGUUACAAUCUGAACUGGGGAAAGAUUGGUUACUGUUCUACAGAAACUGCUGCAGGAGUCAUGUGUUCUACAAAUAGUUCUGCUUCUUUGGAUUUAAAGGUACGAUUGGUUAAUGGCUUUUUUAACAUGGAAGGGAGAGUUGAAAUAAUGAUUCUAAGAAAUUGGGGAACAAUAUGCACUAACUCAUUAACACAGGCUGAAGCACAGGUGAUAUGUAACGUGGCUGACUUCAAUAACACAAUAGGAAUUAUCAGAGAUUAUGGAAAUGGAGAGUUAUCUCCCUUAAUACAGUAUAUGAAAUGCUCUGGGUCUGCUAAAACUAUAACUGAUUGUGCUAUAGAACUUUCACCACCAAAUACAAUGUGUAAUGCCCUAGGAGUACUGUGUAGAACUGCACCUCCAGAUGAAGUUAAAGUAAGAUUGUCUGGUGGAAGAAACUCUUUGGAAGGUAGAGUUGAAGUUGAUGUAUAUGGAAUAUGGGGCACUAUAUGCUCAAGUUCUGUCACACAGACUGAGGCUAAAAUUGUCUGUCUUAUGAUUGGCUUCCCUGAUGGGACAACAGGAUCUGUAGCAUCAUAUGGUAAUGGAAGUCUGGAGCCGCAGCUUUCCAGUAUAAAAUGCUCUGGAUCAGAGAUUACGUUGGUAGAUUGCAAUUUGGAAGUAGCCUUGCCUUACACUGCAUGUAAUGCUCUGGGUGUCAUUUGUCAUAUUCCAGUUACUAAAACUACCAGUGUAGUAAGUAGUCCAAAACCAGAAGGUUUAAGUUCAACAGCUGACAUUUCAACUGUAAGUUCAACUCUCUCUCUUGAACCAGAAGGUUUAAGUUCAACAACUGACAUUUCAACAAUAAGUUCAACUCUUUCUACUGAAACAGAAGGGUUAAGUUCAACAACUGACAUUUCAACAGUAAGUUCUACUUUUACUCUUGAACCAGAAGGUUUAAGUUCAACAACUGACAUUUCCACAAUAAGUUCAACUCUUACUACUGAACCAGAAGGUUUAAGUUCAACAACUGACAUUUCAACAAUAAGUUCAACUCUUACUACUGAAUCAGAAGGUUUAAGUGCAACAACUGAUAUUUCAACAGUUAGUUCAACUCCUACUCCUGAACCAGAAGGUUUCAGUUCAACAACUGACAUUUCAAAAGAAAGUUCAGCUCUUACUCCUGAAUUUGAAAGUUUAUAUUCAACAACUGACAUUUCAACAGGAAGUUCUACUGUUAUAACUGGUACUCAAUCGAAGGAAAAUGAGAACAUUACAUGGGUAUGGAUAGUAGUGACAGUGUUGUUCGUAGCUGUGGUCAUUCUAAUAAUUGUCCUAAUUAAAUGCAGACAAGGUUUCACAAAAGGGAAAUGGCAAAGAAAUUCAUUUAGUCAACAUUCAUUCAGCAAUGCUAAUAUUAUCAGACAGUUAAGUGAUGGAUCAGUCCAUGCUGAAAAUCCCUUGUCAUUACUAGAAAUACAGGGCGGGGCAUCUCGGGAAAAUCAGGAUCUGAGAGCAAGUGUUAUAUCAAAUCCAAGAUAUGCCAGCAUAGACAAUAACAUAAAACCUGUUAGGCAUGGAAUUGACAAUGAUGGGUAUAUGGUACCAGUUUCAAAAGAGAAUCAAAAUCAGCCAGAAAAAAGGCAUGCAAAUAAUAAAAAGAAUGAAAUAAAUGGAAUAAAUGGAAAUAAAAGUCAAAACUGUGAUAGAUGUUAUACAGCUGAUAGAAAUGAUUAUUUAACUGUUGUUUCUGAAAGAUCCCAGAGGGAAAAUAUGGGACAUAUCUCCGGAACUGUAAUGGACAAAAAACAUGUUUGUCCUGGUUGUAUAAUAAAAGGAGAUGCAAGUUUUAAUGAUUCUAUAAGAACAUAUGUAUCUUUAGUUGACUCACAAAUUCAAAGGAGAAAAAGAGAUGGAGACCAAUCAACAAACACUGCAAGUCCUGCAAUAAAUGGUGUUGUUUCAGUUGACAUUCACCAACCAAAUGGACACACAAUGGAGAAUAGCGAAUAUUUGACAGUGGUCCCAGAUGAUAGUGCUAUCAAAAGAAGGGAUUUGAGAGAUUCAAUCAAAUCAACUUUAUCCCAUCAAGAGGAAAUUGAUUUUCAAAUGCCAGAAAUGACAACAGAAUUAUGAAUUAUUGAUUUUCCACAUUGUCACUUUUGUGUCAGUUUCAUUUACAUAAAUAGUAUUAUAUUAUAUAGUUUUAUCAGAGACUGUAUUAUAUGUCUCUGGUUUUAUAAUUUAGAAGAUAGAAACUCAUCAUAUGCAGACAUCAAAGAUAUGAAAUUAAUGGCAAUGUUACAGCAAUCCAACAACAAAUGAUAAGUGAAAAACAGGAAAACUCCAACAAUGAACUGAAAAAGUACACAAGAAAAUUAUUGAACAGAUAGUGUUUUUGUACUUUUGUCAGGAACAUGAAUCAAAAUAAAUGAUAGCUUUUAGAUAUAAUGCACUGAUUAUAUAAACAAAUGCACUAAAUUCUAGCAAACAAUAAUAAUUGAAUGGAAAAUUUGAUAAUGGAUGAAUUUUUUGAAACCACAAUCAGGAGUAUGCUUAUGUCCUACAUAAUACACAGACUGAGCUGCAAAGAAUAUAUACAUCAACACACAUUCUAAAUUACUUCAUGUGCUGUGUAUUUUAACUUGCAUUAUGUUCUGUACAGUCAUGUAACAAAAUGCUUAUUUUUUAUUUCA